AGGACGUUAGAGAACGAAUUGAUAACAUUUCUCUACAAAUAAAAUAAAAUAAGUGAUAUAGUAUUAUUUUAGGAGCGUAAAGAACACGCGCCUGCAUUACAGUGUAGAAUGGUAAAUUUGAUGCAGCAGCAUUGAAUGAAAAUGAAAAGGAAAUGAGCAUUGCGAAUACCACAGCAAGGUGGCUCCACGGAUUUGGCCGAACCACUCUACAGUGCUGAUGCCAACGAAACUACUGAAAACAAUGAUGUGCAAUUAGCGAUGAUCAAGAUGUAGUGAUUUUUCAAAAAACCUAAUUCAGAUGCCGUGGGAUUGUUCACGUUGAGAAGUACCAACACAUUACUUUAAAUUCGUUGUUCCAAUCCGAACGGGGGGAAUAAAAAAGAGAAGAAAGGAAAGAGAGGGUUUGGUUGAUGGGUUGUGACUGUGAGGGAAAGUUAAAUGUGAGAAGGCCUCAUUUCUAUGAGGUUUAUUCCUCUGCUUUUAGCUCUCAGAGACUGAAAAUUCCCGAUGGAUUCGUCUGUCAUAUGGAAGGCAGAACGUAUGGAUUAGUUUCCUUAACUGGUCCUAGUGGAAACACAUGGACUGUUCAAUUAAUUAAGCAAGAUAAUGAUCUGAUAUUUGAUCAAGGAUGGCCAAUAUUUGUCAUGGAUCAUCGUCUAGAAUGUGGUGACCUUUUGGUUUUCAGAUAUGAGGGUCACUUGCAUUUCACUGUGCAAGUAUUCAAUAAGGAUGCAUGUGAAAAAGAAGUAGCAUUUCAUUCUGAAUGCAGUCAAAAUUCAUGUGACUUUGAUAAUGUUAGAGGGCAGAAAAGGGAUACGAAGCAGAAUUCUUUUGAUGUUGUUGAAGGUGUUCCAAAGAAAAUGAGAGGUAGCACUGUUGAGAACCAGGAAGUUGAGCUGGGUAUUAUUGGUAGAGAACUAUCCCAGUAUGAGGUAGUAAGACCAAUUAUUGCUAAUGAAACCUCCAAAGAAUGUUCAGCUAAUGAUGUCCCUGCGCCUUUUCACAUGGAAAGCAGCAACGAAGAUGAAGAGGCAUCCAUCCUGUAUAGAAGUCGGAGGGAAGAUGACCAUUAUAUGCUCAGUGGAAUUUCAUUAGCAAACUUAUCAGCACAUGAUGAGAAAAAAGUAGCUCAGUCAUUUACUUCCUCUUUUCCGUAUUUUGUUAGAAUCAUGAAAAGCUUCAACGUCAGUGGUUCAUAUACUCUGAAUAUCCCAUAUCAAUUUUCAAUGGCACAUCUUCCAAAUUGUAAGAUAAAGAUUAUUCUUCAUAAUUUGAAAGGAGAACAUUGGACUGUUAAUUCUGUGCCAACAACUCGAGUGCAUACAAGCCAUACACUUUGUGGAGGAUGGAUGGCUUUUGUUCGUGGUAAUAACAUAAAGGUUGGUGAUAUCUGCAUUUUUGAACUUGUGCACGAGUGUGAAUUGCGUGUUUGCAUUGCUGGGGUUGGAAAGGAUGGGCUAGACAGCCAGCUUGAAAAAGUAGCUAUUAGUAGGCCAAGUGCUGGACAUGCUGUCACUUGCCAUAAGACUUCCAGAUACAUGCCAAUGAAUCCUAAAGCCAGCUCCAAAUGCAUAAGAAAAGUCGAUCUAUCAGAUAAGAAGUGGUCAAAGAUUGGUCAAGAAACUGUUUUAUCUGUUGACUUAAAGAAGUCAGGUAGAGCUUCAAAUACUUCUAACAAGAUGGGGCUUUGCCAUCAGCCAAAAGCUGCCCAUAAAAAGUUGGCUGUUCAGAGGAGACAUCGGGUUGAAGAUGAGCUAAGCUCACAGGCUAAAGCUGGUUUGAGAAUGUUGUUCGCACUUGAUGAACAAAGAGUAGCUCAAGCCUUUACUUCCCCUUUUCCUAAUUUCGUGAAAAUCAUGAAAAAGUUCAAUGUCAGUGGAUCAUACACUUUGAAAAUCCCAUACCAAUUCUCCGCUGCUCAUCUCCCAGCCUACAAAACAGAAGUUGUGCUUCGAAAUUCAAGAGGUGAAUGUUGGACUGUGAAUUCUGUCCCAGAUGCUAAAGGCAGAACAGUUCACACCUUUUGUGGGGGAUGGAUGGCCUUUGUUCGUGAUAAUGACAUCAAUUUUGGAGACACGUGUAUUUUUGAACUCGUUGGUCAGUGUGAGAUGCAGGUUUACAUAUCUGGGGUUGGAAAGGAGGGGCUUGACCAUCAAAAUGGGCAUGUGAAACUUAAUAGAUUAGCUACCGUUCCAUCUACCUGCUAACAAUCUUGUUCAUGAGAAUUGGGCUUCGAUGAAGAUGUUUUAUGGUGAGAAUUGCAAAAGAUCUUUUGCAUUUUAUGUACAUAUGUCUGUAAUUCCAUACUCUCUUGGUAUAUGUGUAUGUGUAACAUCUCACAAUUCACAUCCCAAUCUAUUCACCGACCAAGAUUUUAGAAUA